AUGGCCGCCUCACCACCAGCCACCACUCCCGCAGCCACUGCUGAUAUCAAACCUGUACUCUCACGGCAGCCUUCACUCUGUAUGAAGCCAGCUCAAUCUCCGUCAGCUGCAUCACCCCCCUCGACUUCCCAGGCUCCUCUGUCAUUGACGAGCAAAGAAUGGGUUAUUCCUCCCCGCCCCAAACCAGGUCGGAAGCCUGCCACCGAUACUCCGCCAACCAAGCGCAAAGCUCAGAACCGAGCCGCCCAACGAGCCUUCAGGGAAAGACGAGCAGCUCGAGUCGGAGAACUCGAAAUCCAGAUGAAGCAGCUGGAGGAUGAACAUGAACAGGAAAAUGAGAUGUUGAGAGAAACUGUCGCCAAUCUUGAGAAGGAAGUUGAGCAGUAUCGUACUGACCUGGUCACUUGGGUUGAUCGGUGUCGAAGACUCGAAAGCGAAUUGAGCGCAAUUAAGGCCGGCCAAAAAAGCAAACCUCCCUCUAACAUCAACUCUCCUGAUAAAGUACACGACACGGCCCAGAACGACCAGACUGUGGGAUGUGGAAACUGUACCUUGGAAACUAGAUGCCAAUGCAUCGACGAUGCUUUUACCGCCAUGGGAGGGGAAGUCGCUACGUCGUCGCAUCAACAUCAAAAACGACCCCACUCGCCAGUUCAUAUCUACAGUGAGAAGAGGAUAAAGCCCGAGCCGAAAGAGAACCUUGAGAUUGAUUUUACCGAGGUGUACGCAUCCAAAGGCCUCCCGAGCCUUACCAGACAGGAUGAAAGAUCCCCUACAACUGCUGUUGCUGAUCCUUGUGGUUUCUGUUCUGACGGGACUCCAUGCAUCUGUGCGGAGAUGGCUGCUGAACAGGAGCAAGCCGCGGCCGCGCCGCCGAGCCUCCAACGACCCGUCCCAAUCAUCAACCCUCCCAGACAGCUUGACCAAUUCACUCCUCCACCCUCGGAAGGCGAUGUAUCAAUUUCGAUUCCUGCUACAGCCCCGCCAUCUGUGUGUGCGUCAGGCCCAGGCACAUGUUCUCAAUGUCGUGCCGAUCCCAACAGCACUCUUUUCUGCAAAUCUCUGGCCGCUUCUCGAGCCCAAUCAGCCGCAGGUACACCGUCAGGCUGUCGUGGUGGACAAACCCCUGGAGGCUCAUGCUGCCAGAGCCAGACCCCAUCUAGCACGGAUUCGGUUCCCCUACCAUCCAGAACAACAAGAUCUCGCACGGCAGCACAUACCCGUCUGCCGCCGAAAGCUGGCCUUACUCUCACUUGCGCUGAUGCCUAUACAACUCUCAGUCGACACCCCGCCUACGAGCGUGCAUCUGGGGACAUUGCCAAGUGGUUGCCAAAAUUGCAUGCUACCGAGGCAAGUCCCAGCAUGAAUGGCCGCCCCGCCCUUGAGAUCGAUGCCGCAAAUGUUAUGGCAGUUCUGAAGGACUUCGAUCGCCGUUUUGGACAAAACCGUUGA